UCGCGAAACACGCUACUCUCCUACUUCACGUGCAAAUUCUUUACAACGUUCGCACGAUGGAUAAUUUUAUGUAAAGACAAUAUUUCAUUCGGUCCGCGGAAUACUUUUAUAAAUUGACUAAAAAGUUCAACACCGUUGUGUACGUGAUAAGAAAUAAAGUUAUUCAACCGAUAGAAGAUGAUGUUGAACGCGAAGAUUUUGAUUGUAGUGGGUUUGGUGAGUUACGGGGUUAUCGCUAGAAACACGGAUGGCAAUGUAGAUUUUCUUAAGGAAACGAGUAAUAAGAAGCAUGGUGGUUCUAUGUUGAUGGAAAUAGCGAAGGAACUUGUGCAAAGAUCUUCGACCAGUAGUCAGGUGUUGAAUCUAAAUUUAUCAAAUUUGCUAUUGCUUUUGGUAUUGAAAGCAGUUGUGUUUGGAGCGAGAUAUUUGGGCCAUCAUGACAAAGGCCGUGAAUUAGAAGAAGAAAAUAUGGUAUCUGAAGGAGAAGUUACAUUGGCAUUAGGAUACCUAAUAGGAGAUACUUGUUUAUAUAGAGCAGCUUGUGAAGAACCUUAUGUUGCGAAGGAAUACCUAGGAGCCGCAGAAAUGAUCAUGCAAACGAUGAAAUUGUUAUCCCAGGAUUCGUCAAUUAAAGGAAACUACGAGCAAACAAUGGCAGAAUUCCAGAAAGCUAUCGAAUAUGGCAUUACAGAUGGCUGUCCGCCUCAAUAUAGUUGCAAGAAAGAGAAUAUUAAGAAUUUCUUGAGAGAAGAGAAGAAAUAAUUGCGGAAAUAUAUACUCUUAAUCAAGUCGUAAUAUUCUGGAAGAAUUUAUAGCAUGUUGAAUAUUUGUAGAAAUGAAUUAUGCGCCUUUUCAAUUUCUUAUAAUUAUUGAAUUUAUCCAAUAAUUAGAGACUUGAUAAUUGGAGACCAAUUGAAGAAAUUGGCCUCUAUUAAUUUUGUUCAUAUUUUUAAGUAAAUACUUAUGUGAACCAUGAAAUACAUAUA